AUGUGGAAUCCUAGCCUGUGUCGCUUCGGUCAACAAAUCACAAACGUCGCCCAAUCCCACCAGCUAGGCCAAGUGUUCAACAUUGGUCGGACCGUGGUCACUUACUUGUUCACUGCCAGUUCUGGGAGCCAGGGUGUUUGCCAAUUUACAGUAACCGUCAAUGCUGGCCUUCCUAUUGACAAUACCCCUCCCACUUUCGUUGUUGGGUGUCCAUCUGAGGUGACCGUCAGUGCGCCCAGUGGAUCAACAACCUUUGUUGUCAACUGGGACCCGCCUGUAGCCACCGACAACUCAGGCACAGUCGAUACAUUUGCAUCGCACAAUCCCGGCUCGACGUUCUUUGUGGGCGUCCCGACGACUGUCACGUACAGGUUCACGGACCCAUCAGGCAAUUCUCUGACCUGCAGUUUCACGGUCCUUGUCAAUGUGGGUACCGUUGACAACACGCCACCAACUAUCACUGGCUGUCCAAGUGGCGUCAGUGUCAUGACGGCUCCUGGCGCAACAACAGCGACGGCCAGCUGGCAACCACCAGUCGGCCAGGACAAUUCGGGCGUAGCACCACAAGUCUUCAAUUCACACUCUCCGGGGGACACUUUCGGAGUAGGCAACACGCAAGUCUUUUAUCGCUUUGUGGACGGGUCGGGCAAUGAGGCAACGUGUUUGUUCCUCGUGACUGUCAGCACAAGUGGUGGUGUCGACACCAUCAAUCCUGUUUUGACGGGCUGCCCCACCGGCGUCACUGCAUACGUAUCUGCAGCUGUCACCAGCGUCCGAGUCACCUGGACGGAGCCCACGGCCACAGACAACUCUGGGGUGGUGCCGAUGUUGGCUAGCAACCCAUCGGUCAAUUCCAUCUUCCCGCUGGGACUUACCACGGUGACAUACACUGCUACUGACGGGGCAGGCAACCGGGCGACCUGUGCAUUUGUGGUCAACGUCAUAGUUGAUUUAACGGCACCUGUCAUCUCCGGCUGCCCUAUCAGUGCCGUCCGAGGAACCCUGUCUGCUGGACAAGCGACCACCUCGCUGACUUGGACUGAGCCCACAGCUACAGACAACAGCCAGCUCCCGGUCACCAGGAACCGCACGCACGUUCCGGGGCAAGCCUUUCCCAUUGGAACCACUAAUGUCAUCUACACUUUCAGCGACAGCGUCAACAACGAGGCCAUCUGCACCUUCAUGGUCAUCGUCUCAUCAUCCACCCCCAGCAACCCGUGUUCAAGUAACCCCUGCCCAUCUGGUCAGCUUUGCUUCUACACAGCCGAUGCUUACCUGUGCCGACCAGGUGCAGGACGUAAACGGAGAGAUGCGCUCCCUGAUGAUAAUAGAUACUGUCCGUGUGAGAAUGGCGGGGAAUGUGUCCAUGUUGAAAGUGAGCCGCCAGCCUCUUACUGUAUCUGCCCCAUGGGAUUCCGAGGAGUGCUGUGUGAGAAGGCUGUCAUCAAUGAGUGCAACCCCAACCCUUGCGCUAACAAUGGGACCUGUACUGUGACCAUUGGCAGUGACCCCUCGGCCAGUUACCACUACUCCUGCCUGUGCUCUGAGGGUUGGACUGGUCCAAACUGUCUAAAUGCCGUCAAUGACGAGCUUGUGAUCCACACCGGUGACCUGACAGACCUCACGGACCACCGCCGUGGCUUGAUGGAGACUGAGUGGCUCCUGGGCAGCCUGAUCGCAGUCAUCAUCAUCCUCUUCCUGGUGUUUGCCGUCACCGUGAUCCGCAUCACCAGGCGGACGGUUCUCCCCACAAGCAAGGCCGACGACGAGGUUGCCAUUAUCCACUAGGGAGCCACAUCUCAUAGAAAAACCUAUGAAUUAGACAACAUCAUGCUUGUGGCAAUAGAGCCUAGUCAACCAUAGUUACUGCUGUGUUGAUAUAAUCAUGUGCAAAUUAUUGUUUUAGAUCAUCAGUGCCCUAGUGCCUGUCACAGUACCCCCAACGUACCACGUCAUACACCCACGUCAAUACCCCCAACAAACCACUUCAUUAAAGACAUACAUCACAAAAGUGACAUUUGAUUUAUUGAAGUAUGUCAUACACAUAUGUUGAUCUCACAACAAAUACUUCCCUAACAUUGCUGAACCCUCCAAUUUAAAACAAACACUCUAGGGAGGUAGGGUUUAAUCUUGUGGAGAGAUGUUUCUGCUAACUUUUAUUCUCACACUGACACACGACUCUAGGUGGAUGCUCAUCAUGAAAGUAUUAUAGUGUGGGGAAUAUUGGCAGGCAUAUGGUUGAGGUGACACGAUCCUGUCACGAUGUAGGUUCUGUUUAGCUCUUUUUAUAUUAACCAUUUAAUUAAUUAAUAGUUAAUAAUUUGUAGAGCCAGUUUAACAUUUGAAGCAUGUUUAAACUAGUUUUAGUAUGCUAAGCAUACUGUGCAAGAACAAAUUGAAAGGAUAGAAAGUUUGAAAAGGUGUGCCACAAAAAUUCUGUACAAGAGGCUAUUCCAUUAAUGGCAAAUGAAAGAAAAGACAGCAGUUUAAAUGAUUAUCCAAAGAUGAUUAGUCACGUAGCCAGAAUAUGACAGGAUUGGGAUUUUAAAAACCCUAUCAUGCAAAACCCAACUUGCUUUCAAUGUGUUUUGAUGGAUUUUGGACUGAUGGACCCAGCAAGUUAGAUGAGGUUAGAUGCUUCAAUGCGUUAUAAAUUCACCUUUGGUUCCUGGAGUGCUGGAUGUCAGGGAACUCGGAUGGUAAUCUACUUUAAAAUACCGAAGGAGUUGAGGUUUAUCAAAUUUUAUGUCAGGGCUUUCAAUAUUUUUAGUUAAAAAAUGCAAUAGUUUUAAUAAUACUUUUUACAUUAUUUAUCUGUAAAAUUGCUCAAAAACUGCCUUAUAGAAUACGGAAUAGUUUAAAUAACAGUUUCAUGCCCAUGACUAUCAAAAAGCCGACAAAAUUUGGUGGGAAUAUUAUAGGUCAGGUUUUGUUUAUGUUAGGUGGAUAAAUCACUUACGGGAUCAUUCUUUGCUGAGUCGUUCUUUGAGGCCAUAGUCAUAAAGCCUGUGCAUGAAAGUAGUUAGUGACCUCCUCCCAAUUAAACCCAACUUGGCCUGUUUACCUGGCCGUUUGGAUGUCUCCAUAGUACGCAUUGCGGGUCAAUGACGUCAUUGUAGAAGUUACUGGCCCUGCUGGGUGACCGUGUCAGCCAAUUAGAAACGUCCUUUGUUUGUUCCAGCAAUUAAGUUUCUCCAAGUGUUGCCCCUCAGCAACCCGGACACAACUUCAUUUUGGAGAAAUCGGGUGAGAAAUUCCGCAUAUGCAGGGCUCAAGCACCAGUGAUCGCGGAGGAUCGCAUUUCAAACCUCGGUGCGUGCUUGGUUCAUAGACUCGAGAGCAGGGACAGAUUUUCAUUGGAAUGGUCUUGAAGAAUCCCCUAACUGCACAAUAAAUGAUGGCAAUAAAACAAACUUAUGUGUGAA